AGUAGCCCAACGCCAACGGCCAAGAGCCGGUCCUAAGUCGUCGUCGUUUACUUUGACCUCUCUCUCUCUCUCUCUCUCUCUCUUCCCGGACUUGAGGUCACUGCAGUUACAAUCUCUACACAUACACUCUCCUCCGCCCUUCUCUUCAACCGAAUCGCCAUUUUUUCCAUAGAACAAAACUUCUUCUUCCCAAUUCCAAUCUCUCUCCACAUACCCAUACAUCCAAAUCCCAAUUCUUCCUCUACAUCUGAUGGAGAACAACUCUAGGGUUUCAGACCAACCCGACUCCAGAUUCCCUUACCUUAACUCCAAAUCAUUCCACUACCACCAACUCGAAUCCCACUCCCCGCGAUCUAUCAACGAUCGCAGGUUCGCAUUCUCGCGCCAAACCUCAUUCCACCAAUCCACCGAAACCAACAACCCCAACACUCCCAGAUCAUCGGUAAUAAUCUCGAACGAUUCGAUAAAGCCCUUGCUUUCUCGUACCGCUUCGAGCAUAGACAUUCCUCCGCCUGCAGAGGCUCACGAAAGAGAGAGCAUAUGUAGGGAGGAUGAUCAUAAUGACUUGUUCUUGGGAGAGUGGAAUGGUGUUUCGGGAGAAGACAAGUUUUCGGUUUCGUCGUUUUUGGUAUCGGGUUUUAGGAUUAUGAGGACGGGGAACAGGUUUAUGAAGAGAUUGCUCGUGUUGAUCUUCCUCAAUGUGGCUUAUUCCACUGCUGAGUUGUUCAUUGGCCUUGUCUCGGGUCGUGUGGGUCUGGUGUCUGAUGCUUUUCAUUUGACUUUUGGAUGUGGACUCUUAACAUUUUCAUUGUUUGCAAUGGAUGUGUCACGGAAUAAGGCUGAUCGAAUCUAUACCUAUGGGUACAAGAGGCUAGAGGUGUUAUCUGCUUUCACCAAUGCUCUGUUUCUUUUGUUUAUGUCCUUUUCAUUAGCUGUGGAAGCGCUUCAUGCAUUUAUCCAAGAUGAAUCUGAACACAAGCAUUACUUGAUUGUUUCGGCCGUGACAAAUUUGUUGGUGAAUCUUAUUGGUGUUUGGUUCUUCAGAAACUAUGCUCGCGUCAAUCUUGUUUAUAGAAAAGCAGAAGAUAUGAACUACCAUUCGGUAUGCCUGCAUGUUCUUGCUGAUUCCAUACGCAGUGCAGGUUUAAUCCUGGCAUCUUGGCUCUUGGCCCUUGGGGUUAAGAAUGCUGAAGUUCUGUGCUUGGGGCUAGUUUCAGUCACAGUCUUUAUGCUUGUCAUGCCACUUUUUAAAGCAACUGGCGGUGUCUUGCUCCAAAUGGCCCCUCCCAGUAUUCCAUCUUCAGCCUUGAGCAAGUGUUUGAGACAAGUGAUGUCUCGGGAAGAUGUUUCUGAAAUUUCACAAGCGCGUUUUUGGGAGCUGGUGCCAGGUCAUGUUGUUGGGUCAAUCUCACUGCAGGUGAAGACAGGGAUGGCUGAUCGUCCAAUACUCCAAUAUGUGCACGGUUUGUACCAUGAUUUGGGCGUGCAACAAUUGACAGUACAAACUGACUAUGCCUGAGCGCUGCCCUAUCCCAUUCUUCUCUUGGGUUUUGUGGUUCAAAUGAGCUUUAUCAUUGAGUACUUCAUCUGGAUUUGCUAUCACCUGCUCAUUCAAAAAAAACGUAUCACCAGUACAGAUGGAUUCCAAGAAUGUCCACCAAUUAAAGGGAGUAAUACCUUCAUAGUUAUUGUAGUGAAAUUUUGGUUAUUUGUAGGCUGCAAUUGUCAGGUUUAUCUAAUACGGGGAUUUUGCUGCUUAGUCAGUUAUAUUGUUUACACUUUGUCGGCUGUCCUUUCAUAUUUCAGCUGCAAGACAUGUAGUUGGACAACUUUACCUCAUUCUUUAAAAUAACUGUAGAUGUAUACUGUGUGAGGCCGAGUUUAUGCGUUUGACAGUACUUGUUUGAAUGCUGAGAGGAAAACUAGAAACGCUUUGUUUAUGAUGUGCGUUGCUUUGUUGUGAUGUUAAAAGGACCCAAUCUAUUCAAUCAA